AUGAGCACCGCACUGCAACGGCAAUUCAUUGAGGUGCCUGAGGGGCAUGUGCUGGAGCAGGUCGGUCCGGGGCUAUUCGCGUUGCGCUCUACGGGCGGACCUGUGCUUGGCGCGGGAGCUUCGCUGCCACUGCCGCAGCCGCAGCAGCCGCAGCCGCAGCAGCAGCAGCAGCAGCAGCAGCAACAGCAGCCCAUCCUCUGGCAGCAGCCGCAGCACCAAAACUUCCUUCCACCGCAGCAGCCGGGCGCCGUUGAAGUGUCGCUGCCCUACCAGGAGCAACAACAGCAGCAACCGCAAGUGCAGCAGCAGUAUUACCAACAACAUCAGCAACCUGAGCUGCAAGAGCAGCAGUAUCAGCAAUUGCAGCAGGGGUACCAGCAGUAUGAGCAGUAUCAGUACCAACAAGAGCCAGUGCUGCAGGCAACGCAGCAACAGGCUCCCUUCCAGCAGCAGCAGCUGCAGCAGCAGGAGCAGCCGCUGCAGGAGUACCAGCUGCCACUGCCACUGCAGUUCCAGCAGGUGCUGCAGCAGCAGCUCAUGCACAUGCAGCCACAGCAGCAGCCGCUGGAGCCGCUGCAGCCGCUGGAGCCGCUGCAGCCGCUGCAGCCGCAGCAGCAUCCCGCAGGACUGGCGAUGGAUGCAGCGGCGCCGAAAGUCGCAAAGAAGAAGCCGCCUUCCGUCAUUUUCAGGCACGGUACCUUUCCUGUUCGGGAGCGUCAGAAGGGGCUGAUAAGCGAGCUGGAGGGCCAGGUGGUGACGAAGCUGGAGGAGCUGCGGCUGCUGAGUCAGCAGAACAAGGCGCUGCGCCACAAGACCAGCGUGCUGGAGCGCGCUGUGGAGGGCACCGAGGAGCAGAUCGACCUGCUGAGAUCGCUGGGGUCAGAGCUGGCGGCCACGUCCACACGCCAGACUCCCUGCAGCUCAGGCGGCGGUGGCGCGACCGUCAGCACGCAGACGAGCCUCUCAAGCGGCGCCCCUGCCAGCGACGACCCCGCAGUCAACGCCAAUACCGCACAAGGCGGCGGCGCCCAGGCCGCAGCGGGGCCCGACCCCGCGCCCGUGCCUGCGCCCGCGCCCGCGCCCGCGCCCGCGCCCGCUACCGUGCCGCCGCAGGGCUGCGAGGCGCCGGCCUGGUGGAAGGUCGAGCAUGCGGCCGACCCCGUGGCGUAUCUCAGCGGCAUGCGGAUGGAGGAUGUGAUAGAGCUCGUGACCGAGCUUGUUCAGAUCGCCGCACGGGAGCUGCUCACACUGGAAAGGGAGGAGGCGUCGGCAGCCGCGGCCCCGGCCACCCCUAGCGGCGGCGGCGGCGGCGGCGGCGACAGCAGCAUUGCGGCGGGCGGGGGCUGGGCGGUCGGGCGUGGGGAUCCCGGCAGCCCCAUGAUGCUCUGGGGCAGCGAGAGGCUGCCGGAGGGGUACGCACCCGACAGCGCCGCGGCGAGGGUGUACCUAGCGGCGGGCGAGCAGCAAGCAGCGGGUGAGAAGCUGGCUCAACUCUCGUUCUGA